UGAUUCUCAUCAUGACUUCACUUUUGUUCUUUGUCGCUUCAAUUUCAAGCUUUUUCCUAAAUUCGAUUUCCUUAAAUACGGUUCAAAGGUUUUGAUUUUUCCGAUGAGAUCUCCAAAGAAGACGAUGCCGUCGAUGUCACCUUCUUCAAUUUCCACGGAGAAAUCUCCACCUCCGUCAGAUACUUCAAUGGCUAUAGUAGCUUUCGAUAACUCCACUACUCACUUGUCUUCUUCUCCAUCGCCGCCACAUUCUCUUGAUCAUUCCAGUGAUUCGGAGAAGGAAGAUGAGAAACGUAGACCCGAGAGUAGGAGAAACAAGAAUCCGGUGAAGAUUGAGGAAACUCCAUCUCCAAUAGUGGUGGUUCAUAAUCACAAUCGCUCUGUGAAAGAAGUGGUUCCAACGAGGAAGACUGCGAGAGUUGGUUCUGGGAGAAGUAGUGGGCAACGAUCUGGAGCUGUUUUGGCUAUUUUGAGAAGGUCUAGGAGGGAAGAGAUUGUAAAGUUUGUAGCUUUAGGGUUUCGGUUGAGUGAGGUUGUGUUGGCUUUGAUUUCGUUCUCAAUCAUGGCUGCUGAUAAAACUAAAGGUUGGAGUGGUGAUUCUUUCGAUCGUUACAAGGAGUACAGGUUUUGUCUGUCUGUGAACGUGGUUGCUUUUAUAUAUGCGAGUUUUCAAGCAUGUGACUUAGCGUACCAUCUUGUCAAAGAGAAGCAUUUGAUCAGCCACCACCUUCGACCUCUGUUUGAGUUCAUUAUAGAUCAGGUACUUGCAUAUCUGCUUAUGUGUGCCUCAACAGCAGCAGUCACUCGCGUUGAUGAUUGGGUUUCAAACUGGGGAAAAGACGAUUUCACAGAGAUGGCAAGUGCCUCGAUUGCUAUGUCCUUCUUGACCUUCCUUGCCUUUGCUUUCAGUUCACUCAUUUCAGGUUAUAACCUAUUUAACCAAGACUCUCUCUGAUCCUCCCAACUUUUUUGUAUAGGUCCACACUCCUUGUGUGAAUGUAUAAUAAAAAAGAUCAAAAUAUAUCUCUUAGCAUUGUAAUUACGAUAUUAUUUUUGUAGACUAUAAAGGUUUUCAAAAACUCUGUAAUCAUUGAGGUUAAUAAGAGAGGCAUAUUCUGUUGUCAAAA